AUGUCCUUCUGCGAUAGCUGUUGUUGUUGCUGUUGCUAUGAGGAGUACGAGUUAAAAAAAGAUGAUAGCAAGGCGGUAAACGAGGCUGACACGGUGUUUGAUGUAGAACCCACAGCACCGGAACUGGAGUACAUAGACGACUUUGUUGGACCUCCAUUGAUGCUCCUGAAACCAAUGGUGUCUGCUUCAACUUUGUCACUGCGUACGGCAUCUUCUGUACCACUGACGCCACCGCCGACACCCCCACCAUCACCACCGAUGUCAUCCACGUCGUCUAUUCCGAGAGUUACUGAAUUAAAUGGCGCCCUUCUCUCUCCACCUUCAUCCCAUCUGACACCGGCUUCAACACCUUUGCCAUCAACACCGCCAUCGCCAAAGAAGACACCAAUCGUUGAGGAGUUGGAACCCCCAACGCUGUUGCUAGCCACAGCCUCUAUACUGAAACAACCAAGAUUAGGACAUUGGAAUAUUCGUGAGGGGGCCGAAGCUAUUCGACUCUUCUGUCACCACCUUGCGGAGGACUACAAGGAGGAGCUCUACGAAUAUGGCCCAAGUCCUGACUACUCAACGUCGCAGUGGGAAAACAGGAAGCAAUCCGCAGAAAUGGCUGAUCUCGAGUUGCCCUACUGGAUCGAGGAGAGUGUUAGGCUCUGUGGAACUGUGCCAAUUUUGGAGCACAUCGCUAAGAAGCACAACUUGUUGCCUGUGGAUAGCCAAGCCAGGUUCCGACUGCUUCAGAAGCAGGAGGACAUUGAUCAACCAAACUACCCCGACUUCAAUUUGUACGAUCUACUUGACAUGUUGGUGACGUUUGCACCUGAUUGUCUGAAGCAAUUUGAAAAUUUGGAGAACUUUAUGCUGCGUUUUAAGCUCGGUCAGCAAAUUCGACUGCUGCUCAUCUACUGUGGAGAAAACUUCGAACAGGAAUUUUAUACUGCUGGUCCAGUUCCAAAGACUCCAGAAGAGAGAGCCUCACUUUUGAUGGUUCAUCAAGCCGCGAUGGACAUUCGUAACAGCUUCUAUCGCCUCACGUUUGGACCCGAUUACGUAAGCGAGCCUUGCACAUACGCUUGCACAACUUGCCAACCUUGUCAAAGUAGCGUCAUAGAGCUCAUCGAACUGCAGGAAAGGAACAAGGUGGAGUACAUGAAAAAUCUGCCCAACGAGAUAAAAAGUCUGUCCGACUACCUGGGAGGCAAGAAAUUCUUUUCUGGUGACCGGGUUAACUACCCGGACUUUAACAUUUACGAUUUGCUUAUUGUUCUCAAAACCUACGAUCCACAAUGCCUGGACAACUUUGACAAUCUGAGAGCCUACAUAGUUCGCUUUGAGAGCAUUCCAGCCAUCAAGACAUACAUGAAUUCGUCCGACUACAUUCAUCGACCCUUCACCAAUACAAUGGCUCAUUGGGGCUACUACUUCGAUUGA